AAGUUAGCCGUGAUUUCCUCUAGAGCCUGGCCUUAUCUCCGGCUGCACGUUGCCUGUGGGUGACUAAUCACACAAUAACAUUGUCUAGGGCUGGAAUAAAGUCGGAGCUGUUUACCCCCACUCUAUAGGGGUUCAAUAUAAAAAGCCGUCCGAGAGCCGUCCAAGCCAGACGCGUUCCUGCACCGGCUCUGCGAGCCUGACCCGGUCUGCGCUGCCUUCCUCAAGCACCGCCUCCCCGGCUACCCGCGACGCUUUUGCUCUGGUGAAAAGGCCACUUGCCGAGGACCGCGCCGAGAUCUCAAUUAGCAGAGGCGAUCGGAGCGACCAGAAGCCGUCUUCUUCGUUUUGCAUUGAGUUCCAUUCGCAAUCGAGGUUUUUUUUUUUUUUUGCCUCUUUUUUUUUUAUUCCUUUGCAGAAUGGAUUAUUUUCCCGUGAUCUUCUCUCUACUGUUUGUGGCUUUCCAAGGAGCUCCAGAAACAGCCGUCUUGGGAGCAGAGCUCAGUACCCGAGCUGAGAAUGAAGGGGAGAGCCCCACUCCUAGCACAUCCUGGAGACCCCGUAGAUCCAAGCGUUGUUCCUGUUCCUCUUUGAUGGACAAGGAAUGUGUCUACUUCUGCCACUUGGACAUCAUCUGGGUCAACACUCCUGAGCGUGUUGUUCCAUAUGGACUGGGAAGCCCUUCCAGGUCCAAGCGUUCCCUGAAGGACUUACUUUCCCCAAAGGCCACAGACCAUGGGAAUAGGUGUCAGUGUGCUCACCAAAAAGACAAGAAGUGCUGGAAUUUCUGCCAAGCAGGAAAAGGACUCAGAGCCCAAAACACCAUGCAGAAAGGCUUAGAAGACUUCAAGAAAAGAAAAGCCUGUUCCAAGCUGGGCAAGAAGUGCAUCUAUCAGCAGCUGGUGGAAAGAAGAAAACUAAGAAGGUUGGAGGCCAUCACCAAUAGCAUCAAGACAUCUUUUCGUGUUGCAAAGUUGAAAGCUGAUCUCUAUAGAGACCAGAAGUUGGUGCACAACCGAGCACACUGACUAUGGAACUUCCCUGUGCUUUGGAAGCCAUCAAGUCCAUAGGGCAAGUCCAUGGCCAACUAACUCUGCACUCUCCAUGCUGGCUGGGUUCUCAGCGAGAGCACCCAUCCUGCUUCUACAACUUCUCACUUCAGACUGGCGGGGGCCAGUGUCUUUGUUCCAAACAUUCCAAGAGAGGUUGAGAUGUUCCCUAACCUGCCUUCAUUUGCUUCUGCUGGUAGUGACUGCUUUUCGCCCCUUCUCGCCGUUUGGGAAUGCCAGUGGACCUCUCAGAGAGCAGAGAUGUGAUGACAUUCUAGGCUGGCAUCGUCCAGGGAGGAAGGAGAUUCCACACCAGGGUGGAGUUUCUGCAGAAAGUCCUUAGGGGGUAUUUGUGUCUGACUCAGGCGCCUGGCACAUUUCAGGGAGAAACUCCAAAGUCCAUGCAAAAAUGUUCUGAGGAAUGCACAAAUUAAAAACAUACUCAAAGGACAAACACUUGAGCUUAAAAAAAUAAGAAAAAACAGGACAAAGGUUUUUUUUUAGGUUGUAAAAUGCAAAACUCAAAGCAACUGUUACUACUGUACAUUAGGAUGUGUUUUGUGAAUAUGAGUCUACCUCACCUUACUGCACUGUCAUAUAUAUUCCCCACCAUUAAUUAUUGCCUCCCUAUACUCUCUCCUCUCCUGCUAUCAGACUCCCCAUCCCCUAUACUGAAUCCUCGCCUCAUAGAAGUCUAGUCUAAUGUGUCAGUCAGUAGUAGAUGAAACAUUUCCAUGCUAAUCUGCUAGCCCUGAUCUAUGAGAAAAAGGAUGAUGGACUCCGGCCCCCGCCCUUGACCUUGGGAGAUAUAACGAAAGGCAUAGAGUUGUUUGUGAAAGAUCUUGAGAGCUGGUUGUGCUAUAUAACAGUAAAAGUUUGUUCCUGUAUGUAACUGGCUAAUGGAAAAGGUUAGAUUGAAUUUGAUGUACUUAUUUUUUUAUAGAUAUUUAUAUUCAAACAAUUUAUUCCUUAUAUUUACCAUGUUGAAUAUAUGUCUGGGCAGGCCAUAUUGGUCUAUGUAUUUUUUUAAAAUGUAUUUCUGAAUGAAAUUGAGAACAUGCUUUGUUUUGCCUGUCAAGGUAAUGAUUUUAGAAAAUAAAUAUUUUUCCCUAUUGUA